AUAAAGACAUAUAUGGAUCUAAGCUUCUUAUACGAAACUGUUAUCUGCAAUUAUGUGAAUUAAUUGAAAAGGAUCGCGAACAAGAUGGCCCGGCCUUUAUCGGUUGUACUAUUACUGGUACACCUGUCUGGCAACGCAAUGAAAGAAAUUGUUAUCACUUCUUACCUGAUGGUAAUGUGCAAAAAGGGGAUAUUAGCCUGUUUGACGAGACACUAGAUAAUCCUAAUAACUUCCUUAUAAUCGAUGCGCAAGCUUUGGAAUUGAGAUAUAAGGCCUAUAUGAUCCUGCUCACGUCGCCGAGAGUGGAAAGAUUUAAUGAGGCUCUUAAAUGGUCAGGUUUUACUCAAUAUUACAUGCCAGUUUGGUAUCAAGAAGAAAUCAUCACGCUUUGGGACUUUCAAUAUAAGAAUAAGAAAAAUAGUAAAGGUGAAGAGUUCACAUUUGAAUUAGUUGGGGAAUUGUUAGGCAAGUGGGGCCCAAUACCCAGAUCGGUUCUUUUAAAGUGGGACAAUGUGGCAUAUCAGCGGAAAUACCAACAAUUAAUUAAUGAAGUCAACUUAGAAGAUUGUAUAAACUCUAUUGAUAAGGCGGGCAUGCCUACAGGCGCCAUUAGCGGUAGGCUUGUACAUCUUGACCCAGAUCCAAUGUUUGCAAGUGCAGUAUAUCGUUUUGCUUCUCCGAGGGUGUUUGAUAGGAUUAUUCAGGAAUAUGAAAUUAGAACAAAGAGGAACGCUCGUGAUUUAAUCAUGAGCAGUCACGAAUAUCCAAAGAUUGCCGGAUUUCGGGGAAAUAUAUUCGAAGAUUUUGCCCAUAGGGAGUUGCAAAAUGGUGGUACGUUUAGGGUGCGAUGCCUGAAUGAUGAUAACUCAGAGGUAAACGAAAGAAAUAUCAAGGAGAUGGAGUGUAACUGGUUCACGACACUGAAUGAAGCACAUGAGGAAUAUUAUAACAGACCAAAAUCAAAGAUAUUUGCAUCGGUUGAUUCUUUUAGCCUCGAUAGCAAAACCUUGGACCUGUACCAAAUGACUGUCUCAACAGAUCAUGGCAUUAAGAUAAAAGGGCUUAAUGACCUACUUGCAUGGAGAAAGGAUGUGAAUGACUUUAAUUUAUACUUUGUCGUGCCACCGGACAUUUUUAAAACAUUCCCCACGCAAAAAUACAAGACAGCCAAAGACGAAGAUUACCAAAAAAUUCCGAGAUGGAUUAACAAUAUCACCCAAUAUGCACUAGAGAUCAACUUGGGAAUUAGUAAUAAAAGUGCAAAAAAACGAUCUAGUGAUUCGAUGUCAGGAGACUAUGAAAAUGAGGAAACGACAGGGGGGACGAAUAAAGACGUGAAAAAACGAAAAAUGGAAGAGAGUGAUGCAAUGUUGGGAGACGACGAAAUUGGGGAAACGUCAGGGAGCAAUGUGAUUUCAGGACAGCUUGAUUUGAAGCGAUCAAGUAAUGUGAUAGACAAUGAAAGUGAGGAUGCGUCAAAGAGAUGA